UCUGCCAGAGCAGUCAGAGUUGAGCCUGCCUGCCUGCCUUGCAGACUGUAUGUCAGGAGAAGUCCAACCACUUCAAAAGCAGGAAAGAGCACAGUGAGCGAUUCAAGCACUUACGUUCAAAAGCAGCACUUUGAUCAGUGACCUGAAUUCAUUGCUGAUAUAGUUGUGACAGCUGUCUGGGAAAGAUGAGUGAGCGCUUUGAUUGCGACAACUGCAAAGAAUCGCUGUAUGGCAGGAAAUACAUCCUAUCUGAAGACAGCCCCUACUGCAUCCCGUGCUAUGACACCUUGUUUGCAAAUACCUGUGAUGAGUGCAAAGAGCUAAUUGGCCACGAAGCUAGAGAACUGUUCUAUGAAGACCGUCAUUACCACGAGCAUUGCUUCAGGUGUUAUCGGUGUGACAGAUCUCUGGCAGAUGAGCCAUUUACAUGCCAAGAAGAAGAGCUGUUAUGCAAUGAUUGCUACUGCAGUGAAUUCUCCUCAAAAUGUAUUGCUUGUGACAAGGUCGUCAUGCCUGGUACCCGUAAACUUGAAUACAAUGGCAACACCUGGCAUGAAGGCUGCUUUAUUUGUCACACCUGUGAGCAGCCAAUAGGAUCGAAGGCCUUUGUACCCGAUAAGAGUGAGAUUUACUGCGUGCCUUGCUACGAGAACCACUUUGCUCCACGAUGCUUCCAUUGCAAGAAGGCCCUGACCAAAGGAGGUGUUACUUACCAUGAUGAGCCUUAUCAUAAGGAAUGCUUUGUCUGCAGUGGAUGCAAGACUCAGCUGGCUGGCCAGCACUUCACCUCCCGGGAGGAAUCUCCGUACUGCCUCAAGUGCUUUGGGAACCUGUAUGCCAAGAAAUGUGCAGCCUGUGCCAAACCCAUCACAGGUUUUGGAGGCGGCAAAUACAUUUCCUUUGAAGAUCGCCAGUGGCACCAGAGCUGCUUCUCCUGCUCACGAUGCUCAGCCUCGCUGGUUGGAAAAGGAUUUUUUCCCGAGAAGGAUGAUAUUCUUUGCCGCGAAUGUAACAGUGACUUAUGAAUUGAUUGUUGACUCCAGUUCCAUUCUUCAUAUAUUUUUGUACAUUUAAGUUGCACCAGUCCAGCAUUAGGCCAUUUAAAGCACAGUUUGCACCCUGGAGAAGAUCUUCCCUUUUUGUACUUUCCUAGUGGCAUUUUAUGAUUACCUUGCAGGAUGCCUCCUCUCCCCUUAGCAACACUCUAGAGAGGCUAAGCAACUUUUGAUAAGAGUUUUAUCAGCUAGGUUUUUUUUUCCUAAUCACAUUGGUGGGACAUUGAAAUGUGUAAUUUCUGUUUCUUAUUCUAUAAAAUUACACUUGUGCUUUCUUACACAACAAAUUUAAGAUGUCAGAUGCAUAACCAAGCUGUCCUAAUGGUUAAAAAAAUAAAUGUACAGGGGCAAAAAUUCAGCUUGUCUAGAGUGCAAAAUGAUGCUAAAUAUGCUUCCCAUCACAUCAUGCUUGAUUUUACCAUCCAUUGACUAAUGGUAGAACGAUCUGUAUGUAUGACAGGCAGGCAAUCUAGUACCAUCCAUGUUACAUGCCCACUCAAGCCAUUCACCCCCAAGGAACUCUGAUUUGAUCCCUAGACUGUGGUGAAUGUAUUCAUCUAAGCUGUGGUCAUGUUAAGAUGUUACAAUUACAGAAAUGAAGAUGGAGCCAGGCUCUUGCUACUGGUCAAUAGCUAAUGAUUGCUUGUGGAACUAUCCUGGUGUGGAUAUCAAUUAAAGAUAGAUAAUGGACUGCCAGUGAUUUUCCACCCCCACCCCUUCUCCAUAGCCUUGCCAAGGUUAUACAAGAGUAGUUUCUCAGAAAGGUAUUUCAGAGUGAAUAAUUUUCUCAUCUCUCAUGGCAAGAUAUUUCCAGUUGGUUGAAUGAAGAGUGAAAUCAUUGACUUCACUACAUUUCCUCUUGAUUCUACUGCUUGAUUCUAACCUAAGAAGAAAGAUUUUUUCCAUAUGGUGGUUAGGAACAAGGUGCAACACUGGACAUUAAAACACAUCAUAUAUAUCACAAACCUCCUGAGGGACCCGAACUGCAGGGGUGUCCCAUAUCAUGCAGAUACAUUCAGAUAUUUCAAGGGCAGCAGAACACAAAGGUAUUGUUUGGUGCGGUGAGAUGGAGAUCUUGAUUAGACAUCUGGCAGUGAUUCUUUAUUCAAAGUGUUACUGUUCUUUAGAGUAGGUUGUUAAUGGAAUGUCUGAGGUGCAAAACCAAAUUCAUUUAAGAAGCUUCUUGAUGUUACAGCUGAAAGAUCGCAGGGUUGGUGUUCUGGAAGACUGAGAGUAAAUCGACUUCACAAAGCAAUACGCUUCCAGUUAUCUUCUGCUCGCCUGGUAAUAAUAGGUCAUGCCAUUCUAUCUGUUACUUGGUAGCUGGUGAAAUUAACUCCACUUCCACUAUUGAAGUCCUUGACAUCAGCUUCUUUGCACCCGCCCAUCAGUUAACUGACCUGAUAAUUAAUUAAACAUGUCUUUCACAGUAGAUCAUCCAUUAUCUGCAUUAGUUCAUUUACCAAUAAGACUAUGGUUCAUUGCAGCCCUUGUUAACAGGGCAUAAGACACCAUUUGGAGUGCAGAAAGUGACAUGAUGAAGAUGGCUACGGAGUUGGGGGAUGGAUUCCUCAGUCUGCAUGUUCCCUGAUAUGGUUGCACAGUUCCCCAGCUCUUAGAAUCAAUUAACAGAUCACUCAAUUAUUGCUUGGCUGAUCUCUUCCCUAAUCCCUUUAAUGCAAGUACAUGCUUAAGUGAUAAACCCUUCACCCAUUGAGCAGUUUGUGUCCACUGAUUUGGAAUAUUUGAUCAAUCUGAAACAAAAGUUUGAGCCUGGCCUACUCCACCUGUUGGUAUUUUAUGAAAUUGCAUCUGACACAGUGUUCAUCAUUCCUUUAACGGAGUGUUGUGAUACGGCUCACUGGAUUCACAUGGGUUAGAAAUGCAUGGUUGCACUUGUUUUGAACAGAUUUAAAAUUAAUACUACAAGCUGUGAUAGGAAUGUUGUUUCUCACCCAAUAUUGAAAUUGUCAUUUGUUUUUCCUUGCUUUGACCAUUGUCAGAGAGAGAGGUGUUCUGUGUGAGUAGUGUUUACUUUCGUUUUACAAAAGACAUCACCAUCAGUCAGUCUCAUUAACUGAUCAAGAACGUAAAAUGUUAACAAUGUGUAUUUGCAAAUUUCUACAAGGUAAAGGCAAUUAGGGAUGUGAAGUAUUAAUCAUGGUCCGGCCAUGCUUUGUCAUUAAUUUUAAAGAGAUUAGUUAAAAGCAGAAACUGGGUUUUUAUUCUCAUUUAUUUUGGCCACACACUUUGUUCUGCAGUGAUAUUGAAUGUCCUUCUUACUGAAACUGAGAGAUUUUGUACUUCAUUAGUUGUACGAGAUAAGCUGUUGAGUUUUGGUGAAAGUCCAUUCUAUAAAGUCAAUGAUUAAGUUACAUUUCAACUGCUCAGAAGUAGGUGGAUUAAAGGAUUGGAAAUACAAACAUUCUUGCUAUGUUACUGGCUUCAGUCAAAGUCUGAAUCCUUGUUUACAGAUGAUGGAUUAGAGUUGAUACAAUGCCAAAUACUGUACAUUGAUUUGGAGGUUUGUGAUUUGUCUUUCAUAUGUCUAGAUAUAGUCAUGACGUUUCAUAUUUACCUCACCAAGUUUCCUGUUUAAGGAAUUCACAAUGCUUUUCAGAUAAUGUGUGUCUCAGUGUACCUGUACCUUGGCUAAGCAUUAUGUAGACACAAUGGGAUGGGCCUCAAAUCCACCAGAAUAUUGUGGAUUUAGCUUUGAAAACUGGGGUCAGCACAUCAAGCUGAAAGAUUCACUGGACUGGAGUGUAGAGCUGUUCACUGGAGUCUUCUUGUUUGAGGUAGGAGAGUGGGAUAGAAUUGUUGAUCUAACAGUAAUGGUAUUGAUGGUAACUGGAAUGGUUUUCAAUGUAAGCGUUCUAUCACAUUGUCAAAGGUGUGGGGCUGAAUAGCAAAAUGACCCCAAGCUAUCACAGACAACGAUAAUCCAGUAUCCUCACUGAAUAAAAAAUUGGACUGAAUACACAGGUGAUGUACAAAUCCAGUUCUUUAUCUCUGGGCUACUCUGUUUGGCCGAGCAAGGUUGGCCACAGCACUCCUGCACUCAUGAGGAAUAAUUUACCAUAUAAUCUCAUAUAAAUACUGGGCAUCAACACCUAUUAGAAGUACCAGAUGAGGACAUUUAGAUUUGAUUGUGAUUCAUCAGAUGAACGUUAUUAUGAACUUAAACUGGCCAUGUUACUCUACUGAGAAGAUCCCUCAAAGUGCGCAAAGAAAUCAGUAAUCUAAACUACUUGGCUGUUUGCAUGUAGAUGACAUUGACCUGACGUGCUCCUUCCUACCUACCUAAUGCCCUAAAAGGCAACAACUCUUGGCAAAACCAUAACUCCUUACACCACCUCUGCCCUGUAACCCAAAAGCUCUGACAUUAGAAAGCCGCUUAAAAUUUCAUGUGUGGGAAAACUACAAGUAAAAUAAACUAUCCAGCGGCAAUGCAACCUUGGUGAUGGAUGGUUCACACAUUCCAGCUUAUCUGCUCAUGGAAUUCCCUCAAUGUUACAACUAAAAAUGUGUAAAAUUGCCAAAUGUUGGUGUGUGCAUUGAUUUUUCUUGUUGUUUGUUGCUCUUCUAAAAACUAUUCUCCUGUUUUGAUCACGUGAUUUGUAACCAAAUACUAUUGGGAAUGGUGGGCCAGUCCCACACCUCACAAGAAAGUUUACAUAUAGCAGAAUGUUAUGCAUGUUAAUUUUUUUUAAUUAAUCACUUAAGCAAAAUUCAUAUAUAACACUAUUGUAAAAGCUUUGAUGCUGGUAAGUCAGAGUAUUUGUGUAUUGUUUAACAUAUGCACAGCAGCAUACAAUGUCUGCUUAGUUUAGUUCUGUCUGACUGACUUACUUUUUCAUUUGUUUUUCUAAAAUGCUUGCACAAUAAUAAAGAAAUUAACCUGAACUUUCA